GUUUACAAGUGUUUCCCAACUUUCCCGAAACUCGCUGGUAUUUUUCGAGGCCGAGGCAAAAGAACCACAAAACGAAAAGCUCAGAAUGCCACCGAAAAGAAAAUCUGCGGCAACGGAUGAAGAGGACGAUGAGUAUCGUAAGAAGCGUGAUCGGAAUAAUCAGGCCGUUAAACGGAGCCGAGUGAAAUCGAAAAUGAAAACGGAAGAAACACAGCUGCGGGUGAACGAGUUGCGCGUGAAGAACCAAGUCCUGGAGGACAAAAUAGACACCCAGAAGAAGGAGCUUAAGUUUUUGAAGGAGCUCUUUCUGACUCAGGCACAAGCAAAGGCCGACAAAUUACUUGGUGUUAAUUUGAACGAAUUGUUGCAAUGUUCAGACGAGGAGGAAGGAAGCGAGAGGGAAAGCAGUUCCAGCAAGCGUUCCAAGGAUUCGUCCAAAGGCGAAAGCAGUGGAUCGCGGAAGAGAUCCAAACGGUGAACACAGAGAGAGAACCGGAUACAUCCGCCAGCCAAUAGGUUAAACUUCUGGAAUCUGUUUUAUAUAGCGCGCAGUAGAAGCUGAAAACUUUUUGCUUUACGCCAUUCUGAGUCAAUGAACAAUUUUACGAUAAAAAUGGUAAAACAAAUACCACAAAAAGCAAUUUUAUCCAAGAAUGACAAAACAGUUACGUAGUAGUAUUCUUUGAGGAGCAUUAGGGCAUCAUCAGCGCAAGGUUUAAUGUUAGAAUCUAAUUCACUUGCUCAUUGUUUAUCGCUUUCGGUUUCUAUUGUUAAGGCAGAAAAGGGCACAGAAAAUAUGAUUGCAUUUUAGCACCCAGUGUUUCAACCGGCCGUGUGGCCUAAUGGAGAAGGCGUCGGACUUCGGAUCCGAAGAUUGCAGGUUCGAGUCCUGUCACGGUCGCUCGUUAGGAAAUGUUUUUUUUUUUCACUUCUGCACAUGUUUUCGUCACUUUUUUCACCGUUUAUUAUUUUUAAAAUAGACUCCGUUAUCUGCGUAUUGAUAAGAAAAUUAACUGAUCCCCUGUUAUGUAUGAGAAAGUAUAUCGCUUCCCCGCACCAAAUACAACACGUGUUGA